GCGAACCAGUGUUGGUUGUAUGUAUUUACUACUAGGUAGUAGUAUUUACAACAUAGCCGCCAGGAUUCAGUUCCACGUUUCAAAAUUACUUUUCUUCUCUACAUAUGUAGUACUGCGGCACAUGUUUUAACCCAUGAGGAACGUGGCCGGAGUUCUCGAAGCCCUACGGAUUACAGAAUAAUGUUCUCCCUGCUGCUACCCGCAUACCUACCCUUCCCACCCAAGCCUGGACCUUUUGCUGACAAAAGCUUGUGGGCAUUCCGCUCCCAAGUAACUCCCGUCUUCGUUCGUCUCUCCCUGAUCUCUGGGAUAGGUAGGAAUUUCUUCUGUUUAUCCCACACCGUAAAAGCUAUGGGUUUAUAAGGGUCAACAUCGCGAACCUCCCCCCUUUGGCUCUAGAAAGAUGAUUAAACUAUCAUCGCUCGUCACCUUCGUAGCGGCGUUCGCUACCUCGACCGUACGAGCGCAGCAAGAGUCGCUCAAGGUCGGCAAGUUCUUCAACCCUCCCAAUGCUCUCGACGGGCCAACCGAUUAUUCGACAAACCCGGUUUGGACGCUGGGCGAGAUCCAAACCAUCAAGUACACUACUACAUAUUCGAAUUACACCAUUGAUCUAUGGCAAGAGAGCCGAGAUGGUGGCUCUGCAACAGCUGGACCAAGCAUAUUUCAGACGCGGUCUGGUGCCGUAACUCAAUUUGACUGGUCGGUCCAGGCAUUCGAGUUUGACUUAUCGGAUUUCGACGUAUUUUUCCUUUGGCUGUCCCCUUUACAAUCGGAUGACCCGAACCCGCUGUCCGUCACCUCGCGUUACUUUAACAUCACAAGAGCGCCCGCUAGUACGACCACGUCUUCAUCUAGCACUAGUGCCUCUGGUUCAUCUAGUACUAUUAGUCCGCCAUCCAGCAGCGCCACUCAAAGUACCACCUCAUCACCCGCUGUGGUGUCACCAACGGCAAACCCCGACGAUGGCUUAAGUGCCGGUGCUUCAGCUGGUAUCGGUGUCGGCGCCGCCUUUGCAGUCAUCGCCCUUGUGGCAGGCGGCUUCUUUUUGUGGAGGAGACGGAGGAGGAAUAGUAACAAUUACCAAACGCCCGCAGCCGCCGCCGCUGCUACGGGCCCUAAUCACAACGACGAUCUGCCAGAGAUGCCAGAGGUGACGCAACUUUCAACGCAGCAGAAACCGCCGUUGUACCCCGUGGAACUGGAAAGUGGCGGAUAUCCCCCUCAGUACCAGUACUACCACCCCGAAAGACCCGAGAGGGUUGAACUUGACGGAACCCGCCGUUCUGAACUCGACGGAGGCAACUAAAAUCUCUUUUACGUGCUGGGUUGGUUAAUUUACUAGCAACACGAAAACGAAAAUCGAAGGGUUGUAUGAUAGAAGUUCUUGGAACCAACAAUGUAAUCCUAGAUGGUGCGGACUAGACGCGACGAUGUAUUAGCGGAUUGGAAUACUAAUGUAAAUAUUUACAGAUUCUACAAUACCCCCUUUUAUAUACCCUAAAUGUUGUUAUGGAAUCUUAUCAUUUCUAUCUGCAGGCAAGGCGGUUUCCAGUGGUUGGGUUGUAUUUAAGACAUCUACUUGACUUUAUGAUAUCCGGGUUCGAAGUUGAUUUAUGGAUGAUGUACAUACAAUAUAAGAUUACAUACCUAACGCAUAUAUACUGUUC